GAGUCAUCAAAAGGCGACAUGUUUAGUGUUGUUGUAGAGUCGCAUUACUUCCUCAACGCGUCCUUGGGACUUCAGAAUAUGGCUGAUUAACACUUUUAUUAGGUUAAUAAUAAUUACAGAAAGCUUUUGAGGUGAUGAAUCGUAUUUGAAUGACUGAGGAGAGAUGAGCGCUCCUAACGCCAGUGAACGCAAGGCCUGCUGGAGCGCGAGAGAUGAGCUCUGGAAGUGUCUAGAUGUCCAUCGAGACAGCGCAUCUGCCUGCGAGAAACACCAGCUGGAGUUUGAAGACAAGUGUCCUGCCCAGUGGGUGAAGUAUUUCAUCAAACGGAGGGACUUCUUGAAGUAUAAGGAGAAAAUACAAAAUGAGGGCUAUGAACCAACUGAAGGAGCAUCAAAAUUAUAGCCACUGGACUCUUGACAACUAAAAGUUUUCCUAGCCUAUAUAAAACAUUGUGGUUUUGUCUUAUUUAUCAUCAUUUAUCUCAAUGAGUUUGUGCUGCAUGGAGCUUCAAUGUAAUGCCUGAAAAGCAAAAUAAAUAAAUGAACCAAAAA